AUGAACAUAUCUGGUCCAAACACUGUGAAUGGUGCUGUUUCGGCUGAUAAAUCUUCAGACAAAAACAUGGGCUGGGGAGAUCUCAAAGAUGCUGUUGUUGAAGCUGAGACCCUUGCAGGGGACCGCCUGUUUGAACUCCAUGAGACUCAAGAGGAUAAUCUCAUACUGUCUAAGCAGUUAGAAGAUCUUCAGGGUCAAUUAAAAGACGACAACUAUAUUUUCACAUCAAAACCAUAUACAAUUCUUAGCGAUCAGUUACAUCAUCUGAAUGCUGAGAUAGAACGAUACAAGGGUUUGGUUGAAGUAUUACAGAAUGAUAAGAACCAGUUCUUGCAAAGGGAGAAAGAAAUGUGUGCAAAAGGAGAAUCCGUCGACAAUGUUAAACAAUCCAUUACCGCUUAUGAGGCCAAAAUCGAAGAACUGGAACAUCAGAUUCUGAAAUCCAUGGCUGAGAAGAAUGAUCUUGAGAUCAAAGUUGAGGAAUCAUUGCAAGAUUCAGGUAAAAAAGACUUCAAGGAUGAGAUUCAUGUCAUGGCUGCAGCACUCUCCAAAGAGAUGGAAAUGAUGGAGAAUCAUUUGAAUAGAUCAAAGGAUGCGGCUUCUGAAGCACUUGCAUUACGUGAAGAAGCUGAAUCGUUGAGAACCUUGUUAGCUAAGAAGAUCAGUGAGCAGAAGGAAAUAUCUGAUAGAUACAAUACACAAGUCUCUGAGAUUAAGUCCCUCAAAGAAUUGAUUGAGACGUUGGAAAAGGAAAAUCAGGAGUUGGAAUUUAUUGUGGAUAUGUAUGGGAAAGAAUGUUCUGAGUCGAGGACAAUUACAGAGAUCAAGGAAUCAGAAAAUCAAGCUCGCAAGCAGGCUGAAUAUUUGAGAACUAGUCUAGAGGAGCAUAGUCUUGAGCUUCGUGUAAAAGCAGCAAAUGAAGCCGAAACUGCAUGCCAGCGAAGCCUUUGCAUUGCUGAAGCAGAACUAGAAGAGUUAAGGACCGAUGUAGAUGCAUCUGAAAGAGAUGUUCUGGAACUCAAGGAGGCAAUAAGAAUUAAAGAAGCCGAAGGAGAUGCUUAUAUCUCUGAAAUUGAGACAAUUGGUCAAGCAUAUGAAGACAUGCAGACACAAAACCAGCAUCUUCUUCAACAGGUUGCCGACAGAGAUGAUUUUAACAUAAAGCUAGUAUCAGAUAGUGUGAAGACAAAGCAAGCCUCUGCUUCCCUUCUCUCUGAAAAGCAUUUGUUACAGAAGCAACUCCAUCAGGUUAACAGUUCACUGGAGUCAUCUAAACAAAAACUCGCCCGUGGUGAAGAGCAGAUGAAAGCCUAUGUCGCACAAGCUAUAAAAACUUCUUCAGAGAACAGGCAUCAUGCAAUUACCAUUGAAAAGACCCUGUUGGAGGUAUCUGAAGCAGAGAAGGAGCUCAAGUGGCUUCGGUCCGCCGUUGGAUCCUCUGAGAAAGAAUAUGAGCAAAACCAGAAAAAAAUAGCUGAGCUCAGAACAGAGCUGGAGCGUGAGAGAAGCGAGAAGAGAAAGCUUGAGGAAGAAUACGAGGAGGUGAAGAAUGAAGUCAUGGAGCUGACCUCCGAGAACGAAGAGGCUACUAUCCAGAAGCUCCAGGAUGAGAUAAACGACUGCAAGGCUAUUCUCAAGUGUGGCGUGUGCUUUGACCGGCCGAAAGAGGUUGUGAUCACCAAAUGCUUCCACCUAUUCUGCUCGACAUGUAUCCAAAGGAACCUUGAGCUACGCCACCGGAAGUGCCCGGGGUGCGGCACCCCUUUCGGCCAAAACGACGUGCGAGAGGUGAAGAUCUGA